AUGAAAAACUGGUUCUGGAUUCUAAUUGGAGCAAUUGGUGCUGUUCUCUUCAUUGUUCUUGUCAUAGUGGCUAUUGUAUUGAUUGUAAAAGUCCGUCGACGAAAAGUCAAACCAGUACAUCCACUGAAAAGAUCAACAGCCAGAAAAGAGGCCAGCCAACGCUCAACAGCUCAACAGACAGCAGUUGAUGCCACACGUGAAACUCAGGAUAUCGAUGAUAUGGAAAGCUUGUCAGGAUCACUCUAUUCGCCUCAACCUUGGAAAAGCCGGCGAAUCCAAAUACGAAAAAUAGUCGAUGGAAAAGUGGAGAAGGGAGAACCUGAAACACCAAAAUGGAACAUUUCUGAUCCUUGGCAGAUUGAUCCAUCAGAUUUGAGAAUAUCGUCAAGAAUCGGAAGAGGAGACUCAUCUGAAGUCUUUUUUGGAGAAUUCUCUGAAAAGCUACCGUUACUAAAGAUCAAUUCUAGCCUUGAGAACAAAUUCGAGCUGAUCAACAACAUCUACCAAGUAGCUGUAAAAAUGCCGGUUGAUUCAGCGAAAAACAAGGCUUUUCUCAAGGAAAUCGAGUUUAUGAAAGAGAUUGGUUAUCACGAAAAUCUGCUGUCAAUGGUUGGAUGUUCGUCUGAGCCUAAAUCGUUGAUGAUUCUCACUGAGUUUUGUGGACAAGGGAAUCUACAAAAGUUGCUUCGCGGAUCUGAUAAGCAAAGUCGGGAAUUCAUGAUUCUGAAGCUUCAUUUUAUGACGAUUGCCAGGCAAAUCGCUGAUGCUUUGGCUUAUUUGGUCACCAAGAAAAUCGUGCACCGAGAUGUUGCCGCAAGGAACGUCCUGCUCACAAAGAAAAAGAAGCCAAAGCUUUGCGAUUUCGGGAUGAGUCGUCACAUCGAUGAUUUCACUGUGAGAGAAAAUGAGCGUUUACCCCUUCAAUGGAUAGCUCCCGAAGUGCUCGAGUUCGGAGUUUUCAGCGAAAAAUCUGAUGUCUGGUCCUUUGGCAUUUUGUUAUGGGAAAUGUACACAAUUGGUGGUCAGCCACAUGCGGGAGUUGAAGAGACGAAGCUUGCUCACUUGAUCAUUAAGGGAAAUGUGGCUUUGGAAAUACCAGAGGAUACACCAGAGAUGAUGCAUCAACUAAUGCUUACUUGUUGGAAGCCGUCUAGCAAAGAACGACCAACAUUUGAAGCAAUUGCGCAGAUUCUAUCGUCAAGUUCGGCUCCAGAAAAGUUGCUAUCUCAUUUU